GAAAUAUGUAAUAAGCUUCUGCUAUGUUUAUAUGUGUGUGUAUUGAAGUACCAGUUACUACAUUUCAAUGUUUUGCAUUUCGGUUUGUACACACACUUUUGUAUGGAAUGUAUGGCUCCACAUGGCAGGAAAACAUCUUAAACUAGCCUUAAGUGGUUUGCUGGACUUAGCUCGUUUCCCAGCCUGUUCUGUUUUCUGGUUUUAGAGGGGGGUUUUGACACUUAAAGACCAAUUUACACAGCAAAGAAUUUAGCAAGUUUAGCAAGUCCGGGAGAGGUUUAGCAAGUUUGCUGCCAGCCUAAGCUUCUUUGCUGGUCUAGGCAAUUUUUUCAGUAGAGUUGUAAAAAAAAUCAUAAGGUAUGGAAAGUGAUAUACCUCCACAUUUACAUGCAGUUAGUUCACACUUCACCUAUAACUGAGACUAUUAAUAAUCAUUCAAAUAAUUAUUGUGUCAUUAUGACUCUAAAUUUAUUGUAUUUUAAAUGUAUUGUUAUGAGUGUAAAUUAUUAUUUUUUUAAAUGUCAUUAACUGUUAAUUAAUUGUUAUUUUUCCUGUUUCUCUGUUGGUAUUUUCUUUUAGAGAUCAAGCAGCUAUAUUCAUCAUAUACAUGCACGUCGUGUAUUACUUCAACCUCUAAAAGCUGAUUUUAAAAUAUUUUUUGGAUUUAUACAUACAUAGCCAUGGAGAGGAGGUCAUGCUGGCCCCUGAUCCUGUGUUUAAUAGUAGCUAUGAUCAUGGGCUUGCUGGGAUAUAUGCACUUUAACAGGGAGUUGUUAAACAAACUAACAAACGAAAUUGAGUUCGUAGAGGCAGCGGAGAGAGAAACAAAACACAGUAUAGAAAAUUACAAUUUAGCAGCUGAGAACACACAGAAGGAGAUGAACAACGCAGAGAAGGAGGUCAAGGAACUUCAGGAUGAGGUUGGGAAAUUAACCUCUUCUAAGGAGGAAAAGGACAAAGAGGUUAAAGCAUGCAAGGAUUCAGUGACGGUGUUGAAUGAUGACGUUACAGCCGUGGAGAAAGAGAAGAGUGACACUGAUGGUAAUUUUGCUGGUGAAAAGACAAAAUGGAGUGAAGAAAUGAAUGGCCUUAAACAGAAGCUCCAGGAGUCCAGUCCAGUUUGUGCCCAUGCGAAGAUUACUCCAAAAGACAUUGAGAAGGAUCCUACCUUAAAGGAUCUUUGCCCUCAAAUUCAACACGGAACAAAAGAAGACUUGCCUCAUUGAAAAUGUCUUCUCUCAAGGAAAAGUCUCAUUUGUAACUGGUUAGCAACCAUGUAAAAGCUAUAAAAUGAUGCAUUUAUAUAUUCCUUCCAGAAACUAAACUUUGCAUCUUCUGGCCUACAUUUAAAAGUAUUUCAUAAAUGAAUUAUGGACUCACUUUUGCAAAUUGGAUGUUAUGAUAUUGCUGAACUGCCAACUGCUUUGGUUAAAAGCAUCUGCUAAAUGAGAAUGUAAAAGUAUGGAGACUCUCUACUGAAAACAACCGAAGACUAUUUUUGGUCAGUUUUAUCAACGGUUUUAAAAACAUUGGAUGUAGAAUAUACAUAAAAUGAAAGUAUGUCUACAUUUUGAUUAAACAUGAUAAUAAACAUGAUAGUUGCAGUAUCUUUAUCAUUACUUUGGGAUACAGAUUUUGGAGGGGGAAAAAUUGCUCAGUGGAUCCGAUAAUAGUGUUUAUAAUGUCAUAUACAACAUGUUGCUGGCUAUUGUACUAUGAUAAUGAUAUUAAUAAAAUUAAAAAAAAGA